GUUUAAUUUGUAAGGUGAUUUCCCAUGAUCCAACACACACGGCACAGACCCAAACCGGAAGUGAUGCGGAACUGAUGAAAACAGUAAAUAAAAAAACAUCGGCAGUCCGUGCUUCCUUUUAACACGGGGAAUAUAAGCAGCGACGAUGACAAACGUGUACUCUUUCGACGGAAUUCUUGUAUUUGGAAUUCUCUUCGUUUGCACAUGCGCAUACCUCAAGAAGGUCCCUCGCCUAAACACUUGGCUCUUGUCUGAGAAGAAGGGCGUCUGGGGCGUGUUUUACAAAGCUGCAGUGAUAGGAACAAGGCUUCAUAUUGCUGUUGCAGCGCUGUGUUUGUGUAUGGCAUUUUACCUGAUUUUUCUGAAAUGACCUGGAUGGAUCAGUUUUAUGGACACUGGACUAUUGAAUGCCAAAAGAAAUGUAAUACUGGCAAAUAUUGCCAGCAACUGAUGAAGAUGGUGCUCCACCUGCUUCCGAUGUUGGUUGAAGCAUCAGCACAACUUUGACUUAAGACCUGCUUUGCAUUUUGUAAAUGUUAAGGUUAAGAUUGAAUUUUGGGGACUUUGAUCUUUGAUCAACGUAAUAUUGGUUAUUAGUAAUGGUGAGAAAAAAAUACAUUCAAAGUUAUGGAGCUUGGGGAUGCAGACUUCACUUGUGUACAAACUACAUUUUCUUUCUUGUGUUUUUUCCUUUACAAACGCAGAAGUUAUACUUGGACUUAUAGGGGUAUUUAAACAAGCGUUAGGAAAAAUAUUAUCUUACAAUUAUUCAUUUUUCUUUAAUUAACAAAGUUUAGAUAAUAUUUCAAGGUUUUGGUAUUAUCAUAGCAUGUCAAGUGACCCCAACUAUUUAUAAUAAAGUUCUACAAGAUCUGUAAUUGCUGCUUUUCGUUCCAUAGAUAAAUGUACAGAUUUUAAUGCUUAAGUAGCGGAGGAUUUUUUCGAAUUUUAGAAAAGAACCGCCUUCUCCACUUUUUAAAGAAAUGCAAUUGCGCAACACUCCUGAUUGACAACUAGGAGGACCAAUAGUCUUGAUGAUCCACCCGGAAAAAGAAAAUCCUCCGCAAUACCUUUAAGUUUUUUUAAUGGAAAACCACGCCCAAUGUUAAGAAUCAGAAUUUUAGAUUAUUUUUGGGAUAACUUACUUACGUAAUGCAUUAAUAGUUAAUUUGAUUCCUUUUACAUUCACAAUAAUGCCACCAAAGGACCAAGGUAACAUAAUGUAUGUCACAGCAAAGGCUUCUUGACAUACUAUUAAUCAUAAAGGAAUUUAUUUAAAUGGUAUUAAUUUGAUAAUAAUUGUGUUAUUACACAGUUGUUAAACAUACAGAAUAUAGACCCUAUAAUCUGAUUGAACUGUGUUUAUAAUGCAAUAAUGUAACAUUUAUGAGUACCAAUUAGGCCUAAAGAUGCAAAAACCACAAUAUAAGUGUCACUUCUGUCUUAAUAGGGAAACUGGGGAAGUAUGUAUAUUAUUUAUGAAAUAAAGUUGGAAGUAUAAACACUACAAAAGGGGUUUCAGCUUUAAUUUUCAUGAUGAAUAAGACUCUUUUUCUUGUAUCUGUCUUCUUUUUAUUACCCAAACAGAAGUGUACAAGCACAGAUGUUCUUUUAAAUGAUGUGUGUCAUGUAACACAAAACAAAGUCUUUAAUCUGUUCCCCCUGUAUCCCCAUGCAUAAAAACUACUCUGUAUCUAAAUAUAAGGAUAGAUGUUGAAUGUUUAGAUUUUUUUAAAUGUGUCAUAGCAAAUAUUUUAUAGUAAACCCUAUGCAACUCAAUAUUAAUGUUUAAGGGUAAGGUUUUAUUAAAUAGCAAUACACUUGUGUAUUGAUUUGG